AUGGACAAAGCCUCCUGCAAUUCCCAACAAAUGGCGGCGGAGCGGAAGCUAGCAUUUCUUGGCAACAGCGAAGCUUCUAUGGCACACGUCGUGCAAACUGUGUAUAUGGCCAGGUGGUCAAAAGUGAUUCACCAAGUUCCAGAAGGAUCCAUCGUCUCCUCUCCAGACUCCCACGAGGGCCCUCCAUUCUUCUCCUUCCCUUCCAUCUCCUCAUUCAUCAUCCCUCGCCAGUCUCUUUGCGGUAAUCCCAUCUCUAUCGUCCCACCACCCGCCCAGACCCCCAAUCGCUCCUCCUCCCAAUCCUACCGUAUACUCGGCCACCCCAUCUGCCUCACCUCCCCCACCUACCUACGCAAUGAAUUCAUCUUCAACUUCUGCCUCGUCCUCUCCGCCAACGACCCGAACUUCAAUGCCUACAAAUCCGUGGUCACGAAGCUUGCGCACCUCAUGCAGAGUCUAGAAGAACAAUCGCACUUCCUCUCGCGCGACACCUGUCCGCCAAACACCGGAAAACUCUAUUCCCUCUGCGAAACGCUCAUCUCAGAUCUAAACAACUACUGCGAAUGCAUGAUCCCGAUCGACGAGCUCAACACGCUCAACCUCAAACUCUUCCCCACCUACGCACCUCCCCCACCGGUAAAAGGUUGGCACGUCCCCAUCUUCACCGUCCGACCCGAGUCGCUGAUGGACGAGAAUUGGGAUCUGACCAUGCAGCGGAUCGUGCCGCACAUCAACGGCGUCAGCUCGGUGAAACACAUCUCCAUCCGCGCGGACGCGGACCUGGGGCUCACGAAAGAGUGCAUCAAGCACCUGCUGUAUUACGGUUGUUUGCUGCUGCUGGAUAUCUUCUCGUUUACGGCCAUCUACGCGCCGACGGCGGAGUUUGCCGGCACGAUUGCGAGCGACGAGGAGAUGCAGCGGGAGUGCGCGAGCUAUGUAAAUACGGCGUUCGCGCCGAGUAGCACAGCGGACAGACUUGAUCACGUCGUGAAGCAACAGCAGAGCUAUCCGGAAUCGGCGAUGCCCACAACGAGCGACGAUGAUGUCUGGCCAUUGGACUCGUCUGGGAGACCGGUGGAUGGUGUGGGCAUUGUCGAGCUCUUUGCUGCGCUCAAGCAGGGCCAGAGCGUGCGGGAGUGGUAUGCGGCCAAUUCGGAUAUGCUUGCCAGUAUCGAUUUGAGGAGGUUUAUCACCUUCGGGGUCAUCAAGGGGUUCGUGUACCGAGUGCAUAAGUAUGCGUAUGCCAGCGGCCAGGGUGCGAACACUGCAAGAUCGAACGGUCGGCGGAUCAGUAAGAAAGGGAAAUGGAUCAGGAUGCCAAGGGCCCAGACACGGGGAAUCCCAACCGCUACAGCUACAGCUCUACCCGUCAGAGGUAAGGACAGCGACCUCCACCUCACCGACCACGAGGACAACCCCCAUGCAGGCGAAGACGAAGACGAGAACGAGAACGAGAACGAGAGCCAUACCAACGCCCCCACCAUCCUGCCCACCAACCCCCUAAGACCUAAACAUCACCCCCACCGACGGAAAUAUCCACGCAAUCCCGACCCCCUCUCCUUCCCCUCCUCCUCCUCCUCCUCCUCCUCUUCCUCCAAACCCAGCCGCAUCGGCAAAGCGAUCAAGCUCCAAAUUCCUCACCCGCCUCUCCCGCUACCUCGACGGGGCGCACUGUUUCGACCAGAUCUGCACGGAGCUGGAGAUCAGCGAGGUCGAGCUGGAGGCGCUCUUGCGGAGGCGCUGGGGAGGGAGUCACAACAACGGUGGCGGCGCUGCCCGCGAAGGAGCAGGAGCAGGAGCAGGAGACGCAGCUGGAGCUGGAGCUGGAGCUGGAGGCGAGGUCUUGAUCAUCCAUCGCUGACUAUUGAAUCAUUCAUCAUGGCUGUUACGGUUGGGGGCGACAUGACGAUGGUUUCGAGGGCGCCGCGGGGGGGAGGGAGUUGGGAGGUUACAUGGUACAGCGUCGUCGUUCGUUGCUGGCGAACUGCUCUUGCCUUGCCCCCCGGCUUAAGCCGCUGGUAG